AUGGUGGAGAGAAAAGAGCAAGUUGCCACGUGGAACGGUGACCCUACCACCUGGCUCGAGUAUGUGAAGAGAGUCCGUUUGCAGUUUGAGCGGACUGAGAAGAAGAAGAAGAAGAAGCAGAAGAAGAGAAGCUUGUUGGGUGCUGAGCUGGCAUCGAGGUUGACUGGUCGUGCAUGGGACAUUGUUAGCGCUGAGGUGGAUCACUCGCAGUUACAGAAGCGUGAUGGUGCUGCCUAUCUCCUUCGGUUUUUGGAGGAGCGGUUGUGCAAGGCCCCUGUUCCAGACACUGGUCAACGACUUGAAGACUUCUUCCUCCGCUUUCGGAGGAGCCCUGGAGAAUGGGCCACACAGGUCCGAGAGAGCUACAGAAGGCUUCAACGAGCCAUGGCAAGGCAGAGGAAAGACCUGGCCGACCGAGAUGGUCACGGGAGGGAGCGCACCACUUCGAAUACUCUCUCCAAUCCAGGUCGUCGCAAAUCAGACCUCACUUCGCCAAAGGCACCAACACCUUCGAGUGGAAGCGCGAACCCCGGAUUUCCGGCCACUGACGAGGAGGAUGAUCCAGUGAUUGAGUGGGAGCAGUUUGACCUUGGCUCCGAGCGCAUCUUACCGGAUGAGAUCCUUGGUUGGAUCCUUUUGCGCAGGAGCGGACUUCCAGCAAAUGCUCGCUUGUCAGUGUUGAGUGCAACCAACAAUCGCUUGGACCUUGCUUCAAUGGAGCGUGCAAUGCGUGAUCAGGAAGAAGAGUUGUUGGACAGUGUUGCUUGGUCGACUUGGCUGCCUGACGGCCAAGAGUUGAGUUGGGAAUGGCAUGAUGACGAUUUUUACGCUGCCGAUGCUGCAGGUGUUUUCUGGUCAUGGUCGGAGACCAAAACCUGGCUGGACAUGUGUGAUGCACCAACAUCUGACAGUGAUCCGCUGCAAGAGGCCUACGCCUCGUCCCAAGAUCGUUUUCGCACCUUCAAGGAGAGCCGUGCCCUCAAUUCAGCCAAGCAUUUGUCUCGUGGUUUUUAUCCCCUCAACCAGAUGAAAGGGAAGUCCCUCUACUCGGCCUCGGUCUACAUGGUGACUUCGGCGGAAAGUGACGACGUAGCUGACCUGACAUGUCCGAGCGGUGAAGUACUUGCCACUUUGGCUGCAGAGUUCCCCGGUCCUGCUGUGCUGGACUCCGGCGCGACAGAAUCCAUUGCCAGUUUAGAGGCAAUGCGUGAGGUGAUGGAGCUUCGAAUGAGGGUUCAUGGGCCUGAGCAGUUUGUCGUGCAUGAACGGCAGAAGCGCUUUCGCUUCGGGAACGGAAGCGUUCAGAAUGCAGUUUCUUUUGUGGAGUUGCCACAAACUGUGGCAGGCAAGUCAGUGAAGCUCGGAGUGCAUGCCUUAGACGCUCCGGGAAUUCCUUUGCUGCUGUCGGUCAAGACUUUGACCCUGUUGAAGGCCGUGAUCGAUUUUGACCAAGGCCAGAUUUGUUUCAAAGAGGUGGAUCCUUCUAUUUGGAUUCAACUGAAGCGAGCGUCCAAUGGACACCUUUUGUUGGACCUCACAAAGGAUUGGCUUCAUGAAGAGCCUUCAUCCAGUCUCACGGUGCACGACUUGCACGACCCAGAGUCCGCUUCGACGUACAAGGCUCAAGCAUGCGGGCCGCACUGCUAUUUGUGGUUGCUGCGACAAGUUCUUUGCCCUGGAAUGGCUUCGAGCGGAAGCGAGCCCAAGGCCAUGACUCCGGCCACCAAGGCGGCGCCCAAACCAUCAGCUUCGAAGAAGAAGGGUGCUCGGGUCCCGACUCCCGAGAAGUACGAUUGCAGCCGCCGCGAAGGUCCGGAUGGGAGAGACAGCCGAGCUCAAGGAUUUCCAUGCUUUGGGAACCACACCCCCAUGCCGGAGGGACGUGGGAGCCUCUCAGGCCGCAACGGCCAUGGCAAGUGGACAGUGUGCACACUAUGCCGCCUUCGCAUCGAGUAUGUCCCCGCCUACGGAGCGAAGGAAUGUUUUCGUCAGCCCGGUCCGUUGGCGCCCGAUGUCCAGACAGUCAUGGAGAUGGUGAAAGACGACAUCAAGGACAAGCCAGAGACCCGGGAGAAUCUGAACAUGAAGAUGGCCAGCACCCUUGGAGCAGAAGCCUCUCUGCGCAAGAAGUUGGAAGCCCUAGAGAACGACAAGACCAAGCUCCAAGCCAAAGCCCGUGCUCGACCGGAGGCCAUCAAGCAGGAGGCGGAUGUGGUGCUCAAUGCCGCUGGUCGCAAAGUAGCGGCCAAGCGCGACAAUACUCAGGAAGCAGAGGAGGACUACAUCACUGAAGAGACCUUCGCGGACCCCGAUGGCCAGAACUAUGUUGGAAAGCUCACUUCAUCUCAACAUGAGAGUCUGCUGGAAGCUGCUGAACACUACAUCGCUGAGGCCGAAGAGACCUUUGAAGCGCUCUUCAACACGACCCAACAGAUUGACCUCAUGGAAGUUUGCUGUCCACCAGAUAGCCGCUUGUCUCAGACCUUCCUCGACAACAGUCGCAAGGCAAUCCGUGUUGGUCUACCUGCGCAUGACUUGUCGAGAUCCAAGGACACCGAUGAGGUCAUCAAGAUGAUCCACCGACAUAGACCAAAAGUGCUGUGGAUUUCACUGCCUUGUGGUCCGUAUUCUCCCAUCCAGCACCUCUUCAAUGAGACCACUCCGGAACAACAAGCCGCACUUCUCCUCAAGAAGAAAAGAUCUCGAAAACUCAUUCGAAAUGCUCUUCCUUUGGUUCGAGCUCAACUAGAAGAAGGGGGACAGGUCUGCUGGGAGUGGCCCAGCAACAACGGUGGAUGGAAGCUCCCUGAACUGAAAGUGCUGCACGACCUCAUGAACCAGUUCAAGGAAGCUCAUCAUGCACACGUCCAUGGCUGUGCCUAUGGCGUCAAGAAUGCCAUGGGAGUCCAUUUGAAGAAGCCCUGGAAGGUGAUCGAAAUGGCCAAACGAUAUCAGUGCCCUGAGUGUCAAGAACUACGUCUUGCAGAGCUCAACCCUUCUGGAGCCCUCCAGCGUUCCGAAACACUCUGGGAAACCCUUGUUUUGGACAACGCCGAGCUGCCCAUCGACAACCAGGUAGUGCAUUGCAUGGUCAUGAUGGACGAAGCUUCUCGUUUGGUUUGCCCACAUUUCCUUUUUCAGCAUGAGAAAACGGAGAGCCGCAACUGCACUGGGUUUGAGGCUAUGAGAGCAAUUGAAGAGACCUGGGUUCGACACUAUGGCAACCCAGCUUCCAUUCGUUUGGAUCCUGAAGGAGCCUUUAAGUCCACCGACCUCAUGGAGUGGGCUGCAGAGAGAGGCAUAGAAGUUCUUCCCUGCGCUGCAGAGGCGCAUCAGCAGAUUGGAGACCUUGUGUUCUUCAAGCGCAUCAAGCCUCCGGCUCAACCCCAAGCUGCAGCUCGCCGCACAAGCUAUGGAGAUGGUACGGACCUGCCAGAGUCCUUGCCAGUGAGACGAGGACAGAUGCCCAAGGAGCUGAACGUCAGCAUGAAGUUGCUGGCGGAGAACGCCGAUGCUCCAACGACUUCCUGGACCUUCCAUGGCCUCACAAAGACUCUCUACAAGGGCGAGUUUGAGAUCCUGGACAAGAAUGUCUUUCCAGAGGACCUUGAAGCUCGCGGCCCACCUCGAGAGCGAAGAGCAAGAUCCCGGAGCCGCACGCCGGGGACACCAAGACCUCAAGCUGCUGCACCUUCGACGCCUGUGCCUGAGCGUCGAACACAGAGCCAGCCUCUCAAAGAAGCCCGGACGUCCAGAAGGUCAAGAACACCUACGCGCGAGCCUGACUCGCGUGAAAGAAAGGAAGAGAAGAAGAUGGAAGCUGCAGAGCCAUCCGCGCCAUCAACGCCAAAGCCACGUGGUGCAUCAUCUGGCCGAGUCAGCUUGCCAAGAUUGGUGCGUGAUCCCACCUACGCACCGGAUCCUGGACAGAAGCCCAAAGAACGCUCCAUUCCGGAACUCUUCGGACAGCCUCUCUUCAAGAAGCAGAGGAAACAACUUCAUGGAGAAGAUGACGACCUGAUGGCAGACAACAUGCAUGCCGAGGCCUUUGACCUUGAGGUUCCCGAGGACUAUGCUUGCGCCUUCCUCAUCGACUUGCCCAAGAAGGCCUCAGAGUGGAAGAAGCUCAGAAGAAAUUCCGAGAGCUACUUUCUCAAAAAGGUCAAAGGUGCCGAAAUCCAAUGGCACAAACUUGAUCCAGGAGAAAAGAAGAAGUUCACAGAAGCUAAACACCUUGAAGUACAACAGUGGCUCACUGCCGCUGCUGUCAAGCGGGUGACCGGUGACUACCCCAAAGAUCGCCUAGAACCAGAUUUCAGCUUCACUCUUGAUCACUCGGCCUACAGCGAGUCCAUUGAGCAGAUCAACUACACCACCAAGAACGAGCAUGAUCCCUUGACGCCUGAUGAAAUGUCCCAACUGCGUGGCGCUCUAGGAGCAUUGCAGUGGAGGGCACAACAAACAGGCCCUUAUCUGAUGGCAAGACUUGGACAACUUCAGAGUUCCAUCACCAAGGCCAACAUCGAUACCAUCAAGGCCACGAACAAGCUCAUCAGAGAGAACUUCCAACACCGCUACUUGUCAGCCCGGAUUAACCAGAUUCAUGUGGAAGACCCUCGUGAUGUUCAAUUUGUGGCAUGGAGCGACGCGGCUCUCGCCAACCGCAUCGACCUCAGCUCGACUGGUGGAUUCCUGAUAGCAGCGACUUCUGAGAAGAUGCUCCGUGGGGAUCGAGCUCCACUGACCUUGGUUGCUUGGCGCUCCAGCCGCUUGGCAAGAAAAGCUCGAAGCUCAUUGGCCGCUGAAACGCAAGCCAUGAGCGAGGCUGACCAAGAACUCCUUUUUGUCCCUUUAGCCUGGGCUGAAUUUUGCGGGUUUGAAGUUGAAUUGAGGCACAGUGAGAAGACAAUCUCACGAGUGCCGGGUAUGGUGGUCACCGACGCAAAGGCACUCUAUGACAUUUUGUUGAAGAGUGACCUAAAUUCGGCUGCUGCGGGGUUGCGCGAUAAGUACUCCGCGCUGGAAGUGCUUUGCCUUUUGGAAUCCCUGGCAAAGCUAGGAACCAAGGCGAGGUGGGUACACAGUGAUGCCCAACUUGCCGACCACAUGACGAAACCCCUGCCAGUCGGCACACUCCACCGGGUCCUGGCGCUUGGACUCUAG